UUACCCCCUUCCCCUCUUCCCUGGCUUAGUUCUUCUCCGUCCCUGUCGCUCACGCUCUAGCAAUGGACACCCUUCAAAAUCAAUUAUCCUUACGCAAAGAAUCCUAAAAUGUUAGCUUUUUGUAUGAUCGUAGUUACGCCAUCACGAUUCCCGAUGACUUGGGUUCUUCCGUUCUGCUUUGUCUCUUUAUGCCAUCUGAUUUUUCCAUUUGAGACUCUUAAAUUGAGAGUUAAGAACGAUGGGUUACGGGACUGGAAGCUAGGGGAGGAUUCUUGCUUAAGAUAUCUCAUCUGGGUUCUGAAAACUUCAUUGAGUCUCUCUGGAUUUUGCUUUGAUCAUGGAAAGCGAGAAGGCACCAAAGCAAUCUGAUGGAGAAAAGGUAUUAUCUGGUCCCGGUUUGGCAUGGGAGGUGCUUCCCCUUCAUAUGUGGGACAACAUCCUCUCACGGCUUCCGAUUUCGACCUUGUUCAGGACGAAAUCUGUGUGCAAAACAUGGAGAAAUAUAAUCCAAUCUGAAUGUUUUCGAUCAGCUUACAGAUUGGUAAAUCAUCAAGAUUCUUACUUCGUGCUUUUCGCAGAUUUCAACCAUCAAAAGGUCGCUGCUGCUUAUAAUCCAACAGAAAACAAAUGGGUAUUGAUUUCUUUAUCAUUUGUAUCAUCUUCUUGCCCAAGCACAUGUUGUAGGCUUCGUCGAGCUCUUGUUUCGCAUGAGGGUCUCGUUCUAGCUGAAGACGAAAAGGGUUCCAUUGUUGUGUUAAAUCUUUUCACCCAAGCUCGCAGAGUAUUACCUCCCAUGUUGCCUAUGAUCUGGACUCGAGUACUGGCUAUAAUUAGUGAGGGGAACACUUAUUACAAAAUAGUUGCGGUUAGUUCUGCUGUGUGGGAUAGGAUUGGAUUACAGGUUUAUGAUUCAAGAACGAAUCGUUGGGAGGCAAAGGAUGAGGUUGAAGUGAAAUAUGCAAAUUUUGAGAGUGCUGCUUAUUUGGAUGGGUUAUUGUAUUGCCUGAAUACCCCUGAGAAGCUUUUCGCAUUUGAUUUGGAGAAGGGUUCAUGGCAAUUUGUGGAUGUGAAGAUGCCUCCUUUGAUCAGUUCUCGUCUCUUGGCGUAUAGUGGGGAUCUGCUUUUGAUCGGAGGCCAUGUAGAAUUUGGAGUGAAAUGGGGGAUUGGAAUUUGGGAGUUAGACAGAUUGGCUAAGAAAUGGAAGAUAAUUUGUUCCAUGCCUGAUCAUUUGUUUAGUAAGUUUAGUCGUGGUGUCAUUUAUGAGUUCCUCACUGUUGAUUGUCAUGGCAAGAUUUGCUUCAAUACGAACACGUCAACUGAUGUUCUUAUGUAUGAUCUUUUGGAGGAUAGAUGGGGGUGGCUACCACGCUGCCCUUUGGAGAAUUCUCAGAAUAAGCUCUCAUGGUUUGGCCAUGGAGUGGAACCUCGGAUUGAUAAGCUUGUGUGAUGUAGCAUCGGCAAUCAAUAAUUCAAUAUUGACCUGAACUCUGAUUGUCUCCAGUGGAGUUGAUGGAAUGGAUCAGUAUCUUGAAGUUAGAUACCAGCGUCAAAUUUGUGCAAGGAGAGGGAGGAAACAAAAGCUCCUCUUGAAUACUUGUAAUUUUGGUGAAAGAUGGGUAUGACAGCUCAAUCCCACAACAGUGUUCUGUUUUUGGUCUUUAAUCAAACUCCUGACUGAUUUUUAAAUUAGAUGUGCAACUAUGGAUAGAAUAAGAUUGUACCUUUUCUGGGUGUAUUUAUUCCUAGUAAUUUUGGUUAAAUAUGGUAUAGGAAGCCUUCUUUGGCUGCUUGUCA